GCGAGGGUGGGUGCCUCCUCCGUUGGAACUACCCCUUGACAACAGCCCCGCGACCAUUCUCACCCUCGGCGGCCGCGGCGGAGGCUCCGCUUCGCAACACCGAAGCGGGUCCCCACCGAAAUUCGCGCGCGCGAUCAAUCGGGAACAGUGGUGCGAAUCAAUCAACAACGGUCCCCGGGUACGAGACGUCGGCCUGUCCGUCGUUCUCAUCCGCGGGGAGACGGAACCCCACGGCGUGCUCGGAACGUGAACGACAGCCUGCCGUUCGUUCAGUUUCAGCAUGGAGUGCCCCGAAGCGGUAGAACGAGGUCGGAAUUUUCGUCUGCUAGCUGAAGAGGAGUUAUCUAAGCUCUUGGAUUUUCUUACGGAAUACUUGCCUGACUCGUUGAAGUUUCAACAAACCGUAUUAACUUAUAUGCGAGAUAGAGUCUGGGAAUUCCAUUUCUACGUGGCUAACGAUUGGCCAGAGGACGCAAUCUGUUUACAUUUUCCCGGAAUGACAUUAUCUCCACACGGUUUGGUGUACGAGAGUGUCGGCGUCUUCUGCCCGAACGACCGGCUGGAGUUGCUUCGCCUUCUCCGAGAGGAGGACAUUCUGAUAGACUGGUCGAGACCUUUGUACAUUAAUUUCGUUCACUCCGACAUUGCCGAGGAAUUAACGCGUCUUUACGAAGGUACCGGCACCAUCGAGACAGUGGUGGGCGAUGUCUGCGCGUGCGAUUACUUGGAGCAGGAGGAAGAAAGCCAAGAGGAGGAGUCCGACUCUGACGUUCAGGUGCGGCAACUCAAGGCCGAGCACGCCGAGGGAAUCCACGAAUUGUAUCCGGCGAACGACAUGGAAUGUCACGAGGUUUUCCUUCGACUUAUCAGGACACUACCCGCGGCGGGAGUGUUCGCGAAGGGUAGCUUGGCCGCUUGGAUGGUCCAAUCCUAUUACGGAGCUAUGUUCUCCAUGCAGACCAAGCCGGAAUAUCGUAGGAAGGGGUAUGGGACGAAGUUAGCAAGGUACCUGACAAAACGCGUAGCCGAGAAAGGGUAUUAUCCGUUUGUAGUUAUACGUCCAGAAAAUGAAGCUAGUCAAAGCUUGUACAAGAAGCUGGGUUUUAGACGGCUAUACCAACUCGUUCGUAUGAUUUUUAUGCCUUUCACGUGGCAAGAGAGCGAGAACGACGCGAAUAUUCUUAGGGAUAACUUGGAGAACGCCGUGAGACAGCUCACGAUCGAGCAGAGGGUAAUAACGGCGUUACACGGCCAGGAGAGGAACGAGGAAACGAUACGAGAUCCCGCGGGAAUCGCGGAGGACGAGCCGAUCGUCGACAAGUCCGAGGGUGGAGAGGAGGUCGAGGAAGAACUUUUCGAAACCAUCGAGGAGCAGUCUGAAGAGAGGACAGACAUCGCGGAUAGUAACGCGGACGGCACGACGAACGAAGAUGCGCCGGAAGUUGUGGGAGUUAACGGCUCUUGCGAGUGCGAGACGGAUGCCGGCGGUGGGGACGAAUAAGUUUCUAGAAAAACGUUUAUGCGAUAAACGACGGUCCAUAAUUCGAUACGUUUUGUUUGCUCGAAGACACGCUCUUCACCGUGGGACAUUGACAAAUAGCGAAGUAUUUAAGAAAAAUUACGAACGAAAGUUACACGAGUGCGGAAAGUUCUUAGAAAUGGACUUGCUUGUAUAUAACUUUCCUAACAGUUGUUUGAAAUCUACUUAGUUCGAUAGAUAUAAACGUCCAUUUAUAAAUAAUGACGAUUUACGUGAAUCAUAUUCAAUAAUGAUUCACGGUGAAUGAUAUAUUACUUUUAAAUUAUUAUCGACGAUACAUUGAACACAUGUGACAACUUUCCGAAACACGGGAUACACACAUACACAGCGAUAUAUUAUACGGGAUUUCGGUUGUACUAUUAACUAAAUGAUAACGAUACGCCAUCAUGUGAGGGAAGCUGCAUUCUUCGAGCGAUAGAAACGGAAGAAGAGAGUCAAAGAUAGAAAAAGUAUUUUAAGAGAUUUCAACAUUAUGGCACCGCGUUCGUGCGAGGCUUCAGUAUUCACAUACGCGGAAUCAAAAUUCCUCGUGUGAUUCCUCAUAUCAGACUCUUUCCAAAACGUCGUGAAAAAUCUCAGGUAUCGAAUAGCUACGUACCUUUGGGUUGCCAAUGUUAUAGUCUCGUUAAAGUCUAUCUUGUAUCGUUCUCCUAUUACGUUGGUAAAUAUAUAAUUUGAGAAAAAGAAAGGUCGUUGAUGUUAUCAAUGAUUCGUCAUAAAAAAAAUGCGUUUAGAGAAACGCAUCUGUUUAAUAUAUACUUUAAUCUUUCUAAAUAAAUUAAAUAGAAUUGUCAUAUUGUGGUUGACCAUUUGUGUCUAUAUUUCGCGUUUUCUCCACGUUUGUUCAACGUUUCUCGUCUACUUCGCCAUUAUUAUUGAUAAAGAAUAUACAAUGCGCGGUGUACGACGACAUUUAAUUAUUAGGAAAUUUCGUAUUAACGUUUUCUACAUCGUUAUCGAGUUCCAAAACUCGCAAAUUUUAUGUAUUGAUUUCUAGCUACUUAGAAAAUCUCUAUAAUAAAUAGACUUUGUUGUGGGACAGGGGGGGUUCAGAUUUGACUGUUCCACGAAUUUGUAAGUCUAAAGUCGUCACGAGCGGUGGAGGGCACGCUAAUUUUCACCAAACGCGAAGUGACUGCGGGGUUACUCAAACUGUGAUUAUAAUUUUCAUGUAUAAAGUAGAAUCUCGAGAGAAAAAUAUGACGAAGCCUCGUGCGAUCUCGACACGCUUUUCUCGAUAUAAUAGACGUAAUUUGCUGUGCCGGUGCAAUACAAAUACAAGUUGUGUGUGUGUGAGUUCUUGACAGAAAUUCGUCACGCCAAUAUCGACCUCUUACAUUCCUCAAUAUGCAUACGAUUAUAUUCCAUAAUUUAUAGAUUAUAGAUAUUUCAAAGUUAAAUAAUUAUAAAUAUAAUUUCGUUAGGAAAAAAACGCUUUGCUUCGGUGACCGCGGGAAAUUGAACGAAUACAAUUUUCUGUACUGUUUUACGCACCGUCACAGCGAUUACCUUAGCGUGCGAGUUAAUAAUAAUGAUAAUAUUAAUGAUAAAAAAA